UAGUUUUGAAUGUAAAUAAACACCUCGUGAUCAAAAACCGCGUGACUCGGAUUUGACAAAGUAGGAUAGAAAGUGAUUUAUUAAUUAUAAACAAAUUACGCUCUUAUAUUAAUUAGAAUCAAUAAAAUAAAAGGGUUAUAAUAAUGUCUUGCUCUACAAUUGAUUACGGAAAGAUCUUUGACAAUUAUAAAAGCAAUGGAUUUGCUGUUAUUGAGAAUUUUAUUACGAAAUCUGAAGUGGAAAGUCUUUUACAAGAAUGUUCAAAUAUUGUCCAAAAUAUGACUGUUCCUUCAUACUGUUCUACCUUUUCAACUGAAGAUAAUGAUGCUCGCGAUGAAUACUUUAUCAACUCUGGUGAUAAAAUUUGUUUCUUCUUUGAAAAAGAAGCAGUGGAUAAACAAGGAAAUCUACUUGUGGACAAAGAAGAAGCUUUAAAUAAAAUGGGUCAUGCUUUGCAUUGGUGGAGCUCUGCAUUUAAAAAUUUGACUUUUAGUGAUAAAAUAAAAACUCUUUUAAAAUGUUUUGAAUAUCAAGAUCCAGUAGUGGUUCAGAGUAUGGUCAUAUUUAAGCAUCCUGAAAUUGGAGGAGAAGUUACUCCUCAUCAGGAUUCAACAUUCCUCUAUACUGAACCUUCCACUGCAUUAGGAAUUUGGAUCCCUCUCGUUGAUAUUACUCUGGACAAUGGAUGCCUAUGGUUCAUACCUGGAUCCCAUAAAGAUAGGAUUUACCAAAGGUUUGUGAGAAAUCCUGAAGGCAAACCACUUUUAACACUGAAAGGAGAAAUGCCUGAGUUCGGAAAUAGUUCUUUCGUUCCAGUUCUUGUAAAGAGAGGUGACUGUGUUGUGAUACAUGGAUCUGCUGUUCAUAAAAGUGGGAAAAAUCUUUCAGAUAAAUCAAGACCAAUUUACACAUUUCAUAUUACAGACCAAGAAGAUACUGAAUAUAGCAAAGAAAAUUGGCUCCAGCCAUCUAAUAAGUUGCCUUUUCCUUCCCUCUAUGCUGUUUGAAGGAAAAUCUUGGUCAUGAAGUUCAAUAUUCUUAUCAGUUGUAAACCUUAUUGGAAAUAUAUAUGCAAUUGUUUUUAAGUUCUUUUUACAUUUUAGUAUUUCAUCUUGUUUAAGGCAUGGUAAAUUGCUAUAAGAGAUGGUUUUAUGCAUUUGAUCUUGACUUAUCCUUGAAACAAUUUUUAAAUGGGGCUAAAAAGUAUAUUUUGAAACAAAAAAUUACUCUCAUUGUUAAAAAUAAAACAGUAAAUUCUGCUUACAUUAUAAAUGAAUCCUUUUGUAUUAUAAAUUCUAAUUUUAUUGGAAUUGCUAUCCACGAAAUUUUGUAUUUGACAAUAACGAAUUUUUCUAUUUUAAGUUUUUUUCUUGGAAAUUUUAAGGAAAUUAUUUUAUUAAAUAUUACUUUGCUAAAACAUAUGGGGACAGUUUUGAUUUUUUGUAUUUACUACAUAAUAAAAAAAAUCAAAUAGAAAUUAAAGAAUAAAAAUUAUUUUUAACAUUUUCCUGCAUUUAAUUAGUUUUGCUUGUUGUGGAAACAUUCCAUUCUUAUUGCAGUUAAAUAUCUUUCAUCAUAAAUGAUUUUUAUUGUAUAAUUGAAUUGAAUAUUUGAAACUUUUUGGAAAAUUAAUAUUUCUGAUCAAUAUGUGCCAACUGAGGUGAUCUCAAAUAAACAUUUUCAGAAAUCACUA